CCGUCCAAGAUGGCGGACCUCCACCGCCAGCUGCAGGAGUACCUGGCGCAGGGCAAAGCCGGCGGAACGGCGGCCGCCGAGCCGCUACUCGCCGCAGAGAAGGCGGAAGAGCCUGCGGCCGGGGGCGGGCCGGCGGGGGCGUGGCUGGGCCGCGCAGGCCUUCGUUGGACGUGGACGCGGAGCCCCGCGGAGCCGGCAGCGGGCCCGACGUGCCUGCCCACCGUGACUCGUGGGCAGCGGCUGGCGGCGGGCGGCGGGUGCCUGCUGCUGGCCGCGCUCUGCUUCGGCCUGGCCGCGCUCUACGCGCCCGUGCUGCUGCUGCGCGCGCGCAAGUUCGCGCUGCUCUGGUCGCUGGGCUCGGCGCUGGCGCUGGCCGGCGGCGCGCUGUUGCGGGGCGGCGCGGCGUGCGGGCGCCUGCUGCGGGGCGAGGAGACGCCGUCGCGGCCCACGCUGCUCUACGUGGCCGCGCUGGGCGCCACGCUGUACGCGGCGCUGGGGCUGCGCAGCACGGUGCUCACAGCGCUGGGCGCCUGCGCGCAGGUGGCCGCGCUGUUGGCCGCGCUGCUGGGCCUGAUGCCCUGGGGUAGCGGCGCCGCGCUGCGGCUCGCGCUGGGCCGCCUGGGCCGCGGCGCCGGCCUGCCCAAGACGCUGCCGGUGUGAGAGAGCGGGGCCGCGCCGUCGAGGGAGGACGCGGAGCCAGCAGCGGGCCGAAGACUGUGCCGUAGGCUCCGGGACUGGACGCCCGGACCCGGCUGGAGGCUCGGCGCUGACCGUCGAGCGGCUAUCACGAACUGAGACUUCGAGCGUUUCGGCGUUUUGUGCUGCACUCCGAAACCUGCGUUCUGGAAACGCCAGAUUUUUGCCACAUACUGUGAAACGGCUGUUAGUUACUUCUGCAUUAGCUAUGGUUUUAGACUCACCUGGGUUAAAAAAAAUUUAUGGUUCUUUGAAUUAGAUGUUUUUGUGAUUUUUCUCAGUUUUUUUUACCUUUUGUCUUUUAAAAAAUCCAAUGGGCUUUGUAUUUUAGCCCCAAAACCUUCUUGGUUUUGUUUUUGCUAUAACGUUAGACUUGGGAAUUAUUUACUAUGCUGUGCAAAUGAAUCCGGAGGGUAUCGGAUUAAACGUUAGAUUUAGCCUCUGGCAUUAAAAUUCUUAAAAUCGUUUACCUCGAUUUUUGGUCAGUUACAGAAAUUGUAAAUAUGGUACCUGAUAACAUGGAAAAUUAGUUCCUAAUAAGCGAUGAACGCAAUGAACCAAAAGAAAAAAUUUCUGUUCUGAGAGGCGUGGUAUUGGCUAAAGUACAUGGAAAUGCUUGCAGAUGCUACUGCAGAACGGGGCAUAGGGAAUCCUGGGAGAAUUCCGUGUUUUAUGGAAACAGUUUCUCCAAGCUCUGAUGAUCAUUUCCAAAUUUUAUUGUCUGCUUUUUAAACCAUUGUGUACAAUUUGCAGACGGAUUCAUAUGCAAUAGAAGAUGCUUUUCCUAAUUGCGAAUUUCCUUGAGUUGAAGUUCAAGCGUUUACUUUUACCUACCUUAAUUCAUGGCCAGAGAAACGUGGGUGGGCCCAAUAUCCUAAUGAGUCCAGAAGACGACAUGCUUUUUGUCAGUAGCUGUUAACUAGUAAGUGAGACGUAUUUUUAGUAUGUGAGAGUGCGGAGACGGUGGUUCUGAAUUGCCUGAAGAGCCAGGCCUCAGGUCAGGGGCUGGGAGGGUGGGCAGAGAGGGGUCCAUGUCCAGGGUUCACAACCAUUCUGGCAUUGACUUAAACAAUUUGAAAGUCAUUUUCUAGCACUGUGUGCCUGUGUUGCCUUAGGAGGGUGUCUGUUGGGUGCAAUAGGACACUACCCUUUCCUCCAACCUUAAAAUAGAAGUUUUCUAGGUCCUGAUCCAUGCCGCAAGCCCUCCGCCAAGAACUGACUUACGUUGGUGGCAGCAUCCACACUGUGGGUUUGCAGACUCAUCACCAGUAUUCGCUCAGCGUACUGCCUGUUCGCCCCUCGGUGAAGAGGAUUCCCUACCUCAGGGCAGGUAAAUGCAGUGUUUUCCUGGAGAAAAAUUUUAAUUGGAAGGCUUUGUGCCAUUGGCUGGCUGCUCUUUGUGGGCCCUUGGAUUUUCUGCUCUAGUUAAAAAUUUCUCUGGAGUUUACAUGGCUGAAGAUGUCAGUGUUGGACACAUUUUUAUGUUAAUGAUAUUGUUUCCUAAAUCCAGAUUUUAACUGUUUCCAAUGUUUUUCCAAGAAAUGUUCAAAAAUUCGAAGGACGGUGUCUUCUAUGUAUUUCAACAGUGAUGUUUUAAAAUGCCAUAUAUAUAUUCAUGUUCUAAGAAUAAAUGUAUGAGAUUUCUGUUUUCUCUAAAGUGAAUUCAUUCUCCAAGUGUGAUUUGGUUAUCCGCUUACUGAUGCACUGUUUUAAAGUUAAAGUCUAAAAUAUUAAUAAAAUUCUUCCCACAUUCACCUCAGGAAAAAAAGCAUGAC